AUGAGUGUUUUUGCUUCGGCGCUGAGUGUUUGUUCCCAGCAAUCCACGUCAGAGUGGGUUGACAUGGCCAAAAAUGACUCUACACACUUGCCAGAAGCCAAAUUCACCGUGAGAACUAUCUUCUCAGAAUUGGGGACAUCUUCGUUGCCAUGUUUCCACUGUUUUGAUGUCUUGGCUUUGGAUGAGGUGCAAAGAGAGGAGAAAGGUAAGGAAGUGGUUAGACAUGAUGGCCAUAACUGGUGUCUUGCAGAGAAAGAGCAGAAACAUUAA